AUGUCUCUGAACAAUUCUCCCAACCAUCCUCCUCUGUCCUCCUCGUCAUCCCGGCAGUUCCUCCGCAAAGCAGCGCUCUCGCGGCCAGGCACCGCCUCCUCGCGGCCGAGUGAUCCACACUUGCAAGGGCAACUGCCCGAGGGGCGUCUAUCAACAGACGACAUCCACCAACUUCCAGACACAACCGAAUCCCCCAGACAAGGUGUAGGUCUGGAUGGAGCGCAUGGCCAAGUUGAGGAAUAUCAAGAGCACCAACCCGCGUCUCACCCCGCAUUUCAGCCAUUCUUCACCUUAAUUGAAGACGCCCAUACCUCGGACUACCACCAUCCGACGGUCCACUACAUAUUCUCCGAUGAUGACACCGAUAUUGUGACAGAGGCCGCUCUACGCAGCUUGGCAGCGCAGCAAGAAGGAUUAUCAGAUUCCAAGAAAGAUCAGAUCGCCCAGGCCCAAGCAUCCAAUCUCCGAAAUGAGACCAGAGACUCCUCCAACCUAGACCAGACAAAGACCACGCUACUUCCACCGCCAAUCCCAGGUGUAUGGGACAACUAUGUCAUUCUCGACAUAGAGCCAUCAGCCGUCACACCCGGCGCAGCACAGCCUAUCCCGAUAAGAGAACUAGCACCCGCCAAAGGCGGGGGUGAAACGAAAUCCAUGUCCUCGUCACCGGCGAAUCCAUCUGAAUUGCCACAAGAGCAGAGCUCGUCACACCAGCAGUACCGUGUGACCGCGGCGCAGAGCUUCUCGCCGACAUGGCAGGUUCUCAACACGGAAGUGGUGCCGGCACCAACCUUUGAGAACAGCAACCCUGGCGAGUCGCCAGGACAUGGGUUAAUGUUGAAGAUCCGGGGCACAAGUGGGUUUCCAGUUGAAGUCACCGGCAGAGAGAAGGAGGGUAAGCUCGAGGAGAUGAUGGAUCAGUUUGCGAAGCGGAUGAGCGAGUUGCAAGUUAUCAUUGACGCCGCCGAGGGCGCAGAGGCUGCCAAUUCGAGGGGGAACCACGUGGAGGAGGGGGUUGAGCAGCAUUCUUCCUUACCGGACACAGCUGAAGGGAACACGCAGGGCGGGGAAGAUAAUGCGGCGCCUAGUGCUGAGAUAGAGGUGCAGCACCCUUGA